AUGCAGCAGCAGCGCGGGGAGCAGAAGGAGCAGCGGCAGCGGCAGGGAGAGCGACAGGAGCGCCAGCAGCAGCAGCAGUGCAGCAGCAGCAGGAUGCGGACCAGCAGCACCACUCCAGCUGCAGCAGCAGCAACAGUGCAGCAGCAGCAGCAGCAGCAGCAGCAGCAGCGCAGCAGCUCAGCGGCGACUCACCUUGACAUCCAUCUUGGGCGAACAUUCCCGCAGCAGCAAAUCCAACAGACGCAGCCACGCAGGGCUCUUCGCCUGCAGCAGCAGCAGCAGCAGCAGCAGUAG